GUUUUCAUUCAUUGAUAAGCAGAAUAAAGGGUUUCCCAACAAUCUUCAAAAGUAUUCAAAACUUAAUGACAUAUUUUUGUUGAAAAUGAAAGCAAUUAUAAUAAUAUUUUUGGCUAAUCUUUCGCUAAUUUCAUCCCUUGAAUUUUACCAGGGCAAUAAUGUAACAACCUCCGAUCUGAAGGAAUUGAGAAAAUUAUUGUUUAUUACAAGAGGUUAUGACAAAUUCGCGCGACCUAUACCUAAGAGUGAUAUCUUCAGGGUUGCCAUCGAUUACAGUCUCAUCCAUAUAUCAAGUUUUGACUUGAGAAGUCAGACCUUAACGACAAAUGGUUGGCUAUUCUAUCAAUGGCACGACGAGAGUCUGGUUUGGGACACAACAGGUCUCAAACAUAUCAAGAACUUAAGAGUGCCUUCCGAUCAAAUAUAUUUACCCGAUUUGAUGGCAUAUAAUGCUAUGGAAUAUAAUAAGCAAAAGAUAGUGAAUACAAAUGCUAUAGUGUAUAGUAAUGGUGCGGUAAUAUGGGUGCCUCCCAUGACUCUGAAAGCCCUGUGUUCUGUGGACCUCAGCAAAUGGCCAUACGAUGAACACAUCUGUUUCAUUAAGUUUGGCUCCUGGACUCACGACGGACUCAUUAUGGAUGUCUACCCCAUGAAUAAGACAAAUCCGGGACUAUUGAAGGAUAUCUGGAAGAACACAGAGUUUGAGAUCAGCUACAUAAACGUAACCAGGGUAGAAAAAUACUACGAUUGCUGCAAAGAGCCCUACCCUUCGGUCUCUUUCUUCUUCCGAGUGCAGCGAAGACCAAAUCUCUAUCAUUACAUAAUCUCUUUGCCGGCAUUUGUGGCCAUAAUCUCAAGUCUAAUCACAUUCUGGUUUCCCAUUCGCUCUAAUAUUCGUUUUGUGUUGAAUUCAUUCAGUUUUCUUACACUUACUCUACUCCUCCUCUAUUUGGGCACUCAUUUCGGAUUCAGUUCUCUCGGAGUUCCCGUUGCAGUAUGGUUAACCAUUGCCUACAAUACAUCGCUAUUGAAAUGUACGAUUCCUAUGUGGACCAUGAGAUUCACGAAACCAUUGCUUCAAAUGUACAGAAACACUGAACACGAGACCAUUCAGUUGACACAAUCGGAACAAUUACACGACACCACUAAGAAGUCCAGUCAACCAAACGCCGAGGACUUGACUUUUAUUAUCGAUAAAGUUAUUUUCAUUGUCUUUGCACUUACUAUUGUUAUCAAUGCUAUCGUUUAA